UUUCUAAAGUUGUUCUAUUCCUGGACUAGUUAUAGAGUUGUUGUGGAAUUGUUUCAUCACUAAAUAUUUCCUCUGUUGCUUUGCAAUAGUAAAUAAGUAAUGCCUGAGUCGAUGCAUUCCAGUUCAGACAUCGAUGCAAGCAGUCCAACUCAACAAAUAGUUGGAGGAGACAGCUACAGACACAACGGUGAUAGCAACUGCGAGCAGGAGAUCAGGCAAGCACUGGAGAAAUCUCUGGCAAUGAGCAAAAAUGCAAAGACAACUCCUGAACCUGUGGCUACAAUCCCAGCAAGAGCCAUCAGUCUCAACGACACCUACACUGAUGAUGGGGACGACAAGAUGAAGCAUGUAAAGCCUCCCUAUUCUUACGUUGCAUUGAUCUCAAUGGCAAUACAGAACUGCUCUGAGAAGAGACUUACGCUCAAUGGCAUAUACGACUAUAUAACUCAGAAAUUCCCCUACUACAGAAAUAGAGAAAAUCAAGGAUGGCGAAACUCGAUUCGUCACAAUCUCUCUCUGCACGAAUGCUUCAUGAAACUGCCUGCAAAAGGUGGAAAGAAUGGUAAAAGUCAUUACUGGGUUCUCGAUCCUAACCAUGAAGUUAUGUUCGAGGAAGGCAACUACAGGCGACGAAGAAGGCGGCCGGUGAAGAAAGUAGCUUUCUCAGCAACCAGUUAUGCAAGUCCAUACGCAGCCUGUGCAUACCCACGGCCUGGAUACCAUUACUAUCCUACUCAAGACCUGUACAGCACAGGCACUCGCCCCAUGAUGCAGUAUGGAAAUGCAUGGGACCCUAUGGGGCAAGCCAUGUUCUCUUCGAUGUCUCCUGGUCUGACAUCCAUGAACGGAAACCACAGCAACAAUAACACACUGCAGAGCCCUCUUGCUGCAGCUCAGUCUCUCGCACGUAAUCCUGCAGACCUGUCCUCUUACGGUAGUCAAAGUUUCAUGUAUUCUCCUCGCAGCACCUCCGACAUUGGACGAAACAGCUCCCUUCCGUUGAUCACUCCUUACCCUCCUCCCUCCUCUAUGUUCUCAACAGGACUAUCCUACACUGGACAAGCAGCUGCUACAGGUAUGGGUACUUCACCACUUUCGCUACUUGGAGGUUCAGCAAUGACUCAAGAUAGCUCGGUGAAACUACCUGCUUUUUCAAUCGGAACCUCCGGCAAUACUUCAUCGCAAUCACUUCACACGAGCCCUGCUCCUCUCUGGCAUCCCGGACAUUAAUUUGUUUAGAGAGAAAACUGACAUUGUACAUACAGGUAUCACAAUUCAUAUCAGCAAGAACAAUCAGUGUACAGUGUAUGUGUGUCGUUUUGAAUUGUUUGGCUCCCAUAAAUGUUCACAAGUCCGUCAUUUAAUUUGUUGAGCAAUUUUCACAUCACUUCAAUCAGUUAUUCACAUCAUAGUUGCUUAUUAUUACAGCAGAUUCAUAAUAAUAAUUAUUAACUUAACGAAA